CGUACGUAAUAGCAGUGACGUGUUGUUACUUCAGUUUGAGAAGAGUAUUUGACUGCACAAGCAUCGCGUUUGCUUACAUUGUCAGCUCAUGAUGGUCUGGACUGCUGCUCUUCUAUUUUUGGGACUCGUUGUUUUGUUGGUGUACUCGAGACGCAGACGCCGAAGAAAUGAACCUCCUCUUGACAACGGUGUAAUCCCAUGGCUUGGCCAUGCACUUGAGUUUGGAAAAGAUGCUGCUAAAUUCCUGACACGGAUGAAACAGAAACAUGGAGACAUAUUUACAGUUCAUGUGGCUGGAAAAUACGUCACUGUACUGUUGGACUCAAACAGUUAUAAUACUGUCCUAUCAGACGACGUCUCUCUGGAUGCCACCGGCUACGCUAAGCUCCUGAUGAAGAAGAUCUUCGACCUGGAUCUGCCCAAUCACAGCCCAGAGUCUGAAAGGAGGAGAGCACAAAUACAUUUUCAGGGGACCGGUCUAACCCAACUGCGCAGCUCAAUGCACAGCAACCUGCAGUUGCUCUUGACCUCUUCAGAAACAGGCCUUAGUACACCUGAGUGGAACAAAGAUGGACUCUUUCAUUUUUGUUACAGCCUGCUGUUCAAGGCUGCUUAUCUCACUGUUUUUGGCACAGAGAACAAUAGUGAAGAACUGACAGAAAUUUACGAGGAGUUCCGCCGGUUUGACAAGCUUUUGCCUAAACUAGCAAGAGGCACCCAGAGCAAAGAGGAAACAAAAGUGGCAAAUUCGGCACGGCAGAGGCUUUGGGAAAUCUUAACUCCAUCCAGCAUAGAAAGAGAUGCAAAGCAGGAGUCGUGGUUGCAGAGUUACAUACGUCAUCUUCAGGAUGAAGGCCUGAAUACUGAGACUCAGAGGAAAGCGAUGCUACUUCAGCUAUGGGUCACACAAGGAAACGCUGGACCAGCGGCAUUCUGGGUAGUGGGCUUCUUACUUACCCACCCUGAAGCUCUAAGGGCAGUGAGAGAGGAAAUCAAAGCUGUACAGCAUCUUCCUUCAGGAGAGAGACACACUCCAGUCUUUGAUAGUGUUCUUAAAGAGACGCUGCGCCUAACUGCAGCUGCACUCAUUACUAGAGAAGUGAUGCGAGAUACGAAGAUACGUUUAAGCAACGGUCAAGAUUACCAUCUCAGACAGGGCGACCGACUCUGUGUUUUUCCCUUCCUCAGCCCUCAGAUGGACCCACAGAUCCACCAACAGCCAGAGAUGUUCAUAUUUGAACGCUUUCUUACUGAAAAUAAGACGGGGAAAAAGGAAUUCCUCAAGGAGGGAAUAAGAGUGAAGUAUCCCAUCAUGCCAUGGGGCACAGGAGAAAACAUCUGUCCAGGACGUGAUUUUGCAGUUAGUGCCAUUAAAGAGUUUGUGUUCACAAUCCUGACUCGAUUUGACCUGGAAUUGUGUGACAGGAACGCCGUCAUGCCGUCCGUAGACACCAGCAGAUAUGGCUUUGGUAUGCUACAACCAAGUGGAGAUCUCAAGAUUCGCUACAGAGCAAAAUCUUAACAGCACUAAUUUAAUUAAAACUGUACAUAUAAUGUUUUACUAUGUAUAUACAGUAGAAAUAUAAAGCAUGUCAUGAUUAUUUAUUGCAUUAAUAAAUACACUACUGUCACUUAU